GUUAAGUUUAUUUGUUUUCAUGCGUUUGUAAUGUUAUGCAUAUGCGUGUUAUUACACAGCCAAAUGGUCUGUCGUUUUAAAAGGUCCCAACGUAGUUUAUCGCGUUCUCCUCGUCGCAUUUCGAAAUAAGAGCCCGUCUUUGUUUUUAAGCGCGCUCACACAUCCGCGAUUAUCAAAUAACCUAGCUAGCUAGCGAGCUAUUUGAGCAACCUGAACUUUGAAGAAAGUACAUAUUCUCAAGAUUAUUAAAAAACAACUCCUGGUAUUUUCAACCAAACAAUAGCUUUGUCGUAAAGGAUUGACCCCGGCGUGACCCUGGAAGCAGUGAUGUCACAGCUGGCCCACAGCGAGCACCUGUUGGAACAGCUGCGUUGGCAGCGGGAGAGCAACGUUUUGUGUGACAUCACGGUUGUUGUGGGCGACACGCUAUUCCAAGCGCACCGCAAUGUCUUGGCAGCGUUCAGUGGAUUCUUCUCGGCCCUGCCCGACAAAGGCCAUCGGGUCACGACCCUUGACCCUGAGUUUGUCACUGUGCCGGCCCUGGACACGCUGCUGAAAUACAUCUAUUCUGGAAAACUAGACCCAGACAGCGAAGGGUACGAGGCCGUGCUGAGAGCUGCGUUGUACCUGGGGAUGAGGGAGGCGGAGUGUCACCUGAAAGGCAAGACAGGCAGCCAACCAGAAAGGAGGACAGAGUCAGCCUCAGCCGCCCACUCUCCCGACUGCUCACCUUCCCCUUGCUCACCCCCCAGCCCCGCAGCAUGUGAACCCAUGUCCUGCGUUCCAGAGGGUUCAGGAGAGAGGGAGGAGGGGAGGGAAGGAGAGAGGGAGGAAGGGAGGGAAGGAGAGAUGGAGGAGGAGGGGAGGGAAGGAGAGAAGGAGGAGGAAGAGAGGGAGGACAAGGGAGAGAAAGAUCCUGAGUACAUACCUCCCUCCCCCAGGAGAGGAGCAAGGAAGAGGAAGGGAAGAAAGCCCAGGGCAACGCCUAGAAACCAAACGCCACCUGGCCGUGAGGAUACCCCAGAGGAAGUGGUAGUUCCCCAGCCUAAGAGAGGGAGGGGCAGACCCAGGGGGAGGGGUAGAGGAAGGGGGAGGGGCACGAGGGCAGAUCUGUCUCUAGAAGAGUCAGACGUCCAGAUUGCAGAGGAGAAUGAGACCGAUCUGAAGAGGAAGAGGAUGAGCAGCGGUGAGAGGAGAGGAGGAAAGAGAGGGAGAGGCAGAGGGAGAGGGAGAGGCAGAGGAAGAGGUACACUGAAGGAGAACAGGUUGAGUGAUGGAGAGGGGGAUGGGAUAAAGGUGGAGGAAGAUGAGUGGGAGGGCAGGGCUGUGUUCAAACGGUUGAAAGAGAAGCCGGUGUGUGCGGAGUGUAACAAGCAGUUCUCUGAGAUGAGCAGUCUGAAGAGACACAUGAGAAUCCAUAAAGGAGUCAAACCUUUCCAGUGUCUUUUCUGUCCCAGAGCCUUCACACAGGGUAACCAGCUCAAGAUUCAUCUCCGUAUACACACAGGUGAAAAGCCGUUUGCGUGUUCUCAGUGUGACAAGGGUUUUGCUCAGAAGUGUCAGUUGGUGGCUCACUGUCGAAUGUACCACGGCGAAGAGAAACCGUACACCUGUGAACAAUGUGGUCUGCAGUUCGCCACCUCGUCCAACUUCAAGAUACACUCAAGGAAGCACAGUGGAGAAAAGCCCUAUGUGUGUGAACAGUGUGGGAAGGGUUUUGCCCAGGCCAGCACGCUGACAUACCACGUCCGGAUCCACACAGGGGAGAAGCCUUAUCAGUGUGACACCUGUGGGAUGGCCUUCUCCGUCUCCUCUUCUCUCAUCACACACAAACGCAAACACACAGGUGACGCUCCACACGAGUGUCCAGUGUGUCAGAGGGUGUUCAUCACUAAACAAGAACUCAGCAAACACUCUCGCAUCCACAACGACGGAGGACAGGCGGUGAAGCAGCGCGUGGCGUGUGAGCUCUGCGGAAACACCUACGCUGGCGUAAGCAGCCUGAGGAAACACCAGGAGAGACAUCACUUAGCCCCAGUGGAAAUUCCAGAAGGUGUUCUCCUCCACAACAUUCCUAUUGAUCAUCAGGGGCUGAUCUCCCGCGACGCUCCCAGCCCUGUACCUGAGGAGCCAGAAAACCCAGAGCCUGAAGUGUCGGAGAACCUUGAACCGGAGAACCUUGAACCGGAGAACCUUGAGCCGGAGAACCCAGAGUCUGAAGAGACGGAAAACCUGGAGACUGAAGAGCUGGAAAACCCAGAGCCGGCCACCCCUAACUUGAGCCCUAACCCCCUCCGUGUUCUUGUGGAGCAGCUUCAUACUUCUACCUUCUCCACUUCCUCUUUCCCAGCAGCCCACUGUGACCCAGCUUCCCCCAACGAAAAUAUGGAGCAGAUUAUCAUCAUUAGAACUUUGGACAAUGACCCCUGCCCUGACCCCUGACUUGACCAACUCUGAUCUGUAACCCAGAACCUAACAUUACUCUCUCAGGCUUUAAGUUCUGUUUUGACUCAAUUACCUGGACCUACAGGAUCCGGUAUUAAUCAGCUGUAUAGAACUGUGUGAAUCAGGAUCAGUGUUCCCUCUAAUUAAUAUAGGCACUGAGCAACUGUCUUCACGUUCGAGCACCACUUUUAAUUCAUAAACAAGGUUGUUUUGUUUUUUUACCUGAGUUUUGUUUCAUACUCUUGUAGUAAGCAGUAAGUCAGUCAUUUGCUUACCAAUACUUAACCUAGAACUAGGCUAAUGACUCACUAACAUAUUGGUCUAAGCUCGCUCUGAAAAUCCAGUUGGAAUAAUGCUUGCUCAUGGGCUAUGGUGAACAGUUUCUACUCUGAUGCGUACAUUCUGGCCCUACCAAUCACAGGUUCAGUCUUGCUGAGUUUUGGUUUGUUGCAUUGAAAAGGGGCUGAUGUGUUUUUUUCCAUGAUAGGGCGUCUUGUUCCAUGUAGGGACAAUAUAAUUAGGCAAACUCAGUGAAUUAAUUUGCUCUUUGAGACAGUCCUGGAAGGAGCAUGAGUCCAUGUGCACAGCUUAGAGGGAACAUUGAUGUUAAGUCUUUGCAAAAUAUUUAGAAUUCUGAAAAAUGUGCUUUAAAAUAUAUUUUCUCUCUAACUAAUUGGAAUAACGAGUGCAGAAAAUCAGAUGUAAAACUGUUUUAACCUAUGGCAAAAUCAGUAGAACUGCAUGAUUUGUUUUUUAGAUAAUGCAGGAAUAAUGGCUGGCCUAUGGCUAAAUUAAUGAAAUGUUUUAAAUUGCAGAAUGUUCUCUUUAUUGCAUGGCAAAAUGUGUAUAAUUGCAGAAAACCUAUUUUAAAACUGCCAAAAUUCUCUAUAUUUCAUUGGUAAUAUCUGCAUAAUUGCAAGAAAUUAAAAAGGAAACACCUCAAAUGUUUUGUUCUGAGGGGAUCCACAAACCGUACCCCACCACGGGACCCCGAAACACUAGGACCGGCACCGCAUUCAGAUCUAACCGUAUUUGUAUGUUUUAAAUGUUUGUUGUCAUAUAUAGUUAUAUAAGUGAUUGCAGAAGCUUGAUGACCUACCCACAGAAUAACCAGCCUCACAAUUCACUGGCUUUUUUGUUUCUAAACAUCCUCAAUGAUAAUCUUUUUGAUAUUCUUGUUUUAAAAAAAUAAAAAAAAAAGUCUCACUAACAGGGCUUUAGGUAAUGAGAUUGAUGGAUAUUUGUGAAGUGUUUAUUUUUUUUCUCCUUUCAAUUCAACAGCUCUACUCUAAAUGCUGGGAAAUAAAUAUCUGGAAUCUGUGUGCUUUCUCAUCCUUUCAGCAAAUGCACAUUAAACCGUAAUACGAUUUUAUCCUUCAACAUUUUGUUAGUGUGUGCUAACAAAAUGGGGGGGGCAACAUGUAAAUGUAAUUUUUUAUGAGAUGAAAUAAAAGACUACAGAAACUUU